GCACUCUGGGUUUGCAGUGGUGACUGCGUCAUGCAUGGUUUCUACUGUGCUUAUAUUACUGUGCACCACACCCAGACCCUACAGACAGACAGAUACAGGGACAGAACAGUUAUCAAUAUCAUUAUAAUCAUUUGGGGCUUGAAGUGUAUAUAUAUAUAAGUAUAUAUUCUACUGUGUUUUCAUGGUGGAUAUUUGUGCUUGCCUCGCUUAAUUGCUGCUUGCAGCUAUAUUUUGUGAUUGAAGUGUAUUGAGAAUUGGGUAUGCGCACCAACUAUCUAUUCAUAACUACAAGUCAGGAGAGUGCGAUGGUCCAUUUUUAAUAAAUUACUGGUCAUGCAGUGUCACAAAAUCAAAUGUAUAAUACAUGAUUGUACAUAGUAGUUGUAUACGAAGCACUUGUUUUACAUUGGACAUUUUCAUAAUACAUUCAUUGAUAAGCAGAUUGAAGUUGAUAAGUAGAAAUGUAAAAUAUCUUGGAUGGUUUCAUAGUACAUUUAAGCUCACUGUCUUUUCUAAGUGUGAAGUUUGCAUAUGAAGUCUUUAAUGGUCAUUCUCAGGUCUGUGAUACCGUGAUGACAUCUUUGCACAGACACUGAAAUGUGAACAGGAGCAGUUCAUCAGCCACAGUGCAGCCACUGCAGCCUGUAACUGAAACACACUACCUGUUUGAAGCUUGUGGGCUAAAACAAAAAAAAAAUAUUUCAAACUACAGCAUAGCCUCCCAUUUUAAAAUCACUCACCACACACACACAAACACACACAUACUGACACACACACAUUACAUUCUAACUGCUACUGCGGAAGUUCCACAGAUCACUAGCUCUCUCUCUCUCAGACUGAAAAUGCUUGUCCUGUUGGUGUCCACACUGCUCUUCUCAGUUUCCAGAGCUGAGGAGUCUUUGUCUCUGUUUGUGCGUAAGGGGGGCUCUGUUCGCCUGGAUGUGCAGGGAUAUGAAAAACUCCCGCCUAACACUCUGUCCUGGAGUUUAAAUAGCACCACAAUCAUACUAGAAUACAGUAUUAAGUAUAAAGGUCUGACAUUUUAUAAAGAUUAUAACAUCAGCACUGAAUUUGAUCAAAAGAACUUCAGUCUGCUGCUGAAGAACGUGCAGGAGAGAGACAGUGGGAUCUACACAGCAAAGACAACUGAUGAAGGACAGCCGAGAGAUGUUGCUUCCUACAGGCUCACAGUUCAAGUGGCCCCGCCCACACCCGAGGUGGGAGUGGCUUUACUCUCCUCUGCUGGAGGGUUCUGUAAGGUGUCAGUGAACUGCUCUGCUAAAGACACCUGGGCCAGCUACACCUGUGACCACGCCCACUGCACACAGGUAGCAAAUACAACCUCGCCGACAGGAGUCAACAUCAUCGUCAUGGCAACUAACAGGACCAUCCACUGCAGCAGCAGUAACCGGGUCGACAUAAAGACGCGAUCAGAAUCCAUAAAGGACUUCUGUGCUCCAGUAACACCAUCUCCUGGCCUCUCACCGUGUGCGCUAAUGUCAGUGCUGUUCUCCCUGGGUCUGGUUGCCAUGGUUUCGGCUGUCAUCGCAGUUAAUGCCAGAGAGAGGUGCUGCAGAGAUCAAUCAGGACUGAAGGAUAAAUCUGUCAGAGGGGAGGAGAGAAUUAAUAUCUGAAAUAACUGUGUGUGUGCAUGUGUGUGUGUAUGUGCAUGUGUAUGUGUAUGUAAGUGUGCGUGCUUGCAUGUGUGAGUGUGUGUGUGUGUGUGUUUUGCGUACGUGUGCGUGUGCGUAUGUGUGCAUGCGUGUGUGCGUGUGUGUUUGUAUCAAAAAACUACAAGCUCAUGAAUGCAUAUAGCUAAAACAAGCAAUCCUAGCAAUGCAGUGCAGUACAUAUUUAAAAUAUUUCACCGGCACCACCCCAACCUUUGGGAGGCAAAACACAAGCACACAGUCAUAUUGGGGGUGAACUGAUAAUUAACUAGUUUGUUCAAGCUUUGCUGUGAUUCAUUGCAAUGCUUUUUAAGCUAUGAUGUGAUCUUAACUGUAUAUUUUAAGUUUUUUGUUUCAAACUUCUAUGUUUUUUAUAUUUGUGAGCUAAAUUGUUCAUGUGCUUUUGGAUUUUUAUGUGUUUUUGGAUUAUGAGCUUUUCAUCCACUCGAGCCAAAGAUGAUUUUCCAUCUGAUGAAAAAUAAAGUUUUCUGAAUCGAAAGUAA